CAUUCAAUAUUCAAUGAUUCAAUUCACGUUAACGCAUUCCGUCCUUUAGCUUUCUUCGACUACGGUUUCGUUACACAGAUGAUUUCUCUAUUCAUUCGCUCCGUCUAUUCCAAUUCUUCAUAACUUCUGGCCUUCGAUUUCAAUCUCUUCUCCCUCAAACAAAACCCUUAUUCUUCUUAUAUAUUCAGAUCCAUCCCUCACUUUCUACCGCCGUGGCAUCUCUCACCGCUCUGUCACAUUUCGUGAGGCCCAUCAGGUUCGCGCUGACAACGACACAGGUUGCGUCCUCUGCAUCCUCUUACUCAACCACCUCUCACAUCGUCGGAGACCUCAAGAUCUACACCUCAUCACCGAUGCCGCCGCAAGCUACACCACGUUGGUGAAGGUGCAGCGUUUUCUCCUGCGGACUCAGUCGAUUUUCUCAAGGAGUCCAUUGUGUAGCUUUUUGUCUACUUUCUUGCCCUAGGGAUUCACUCGCUUGAGAUUUGUGCAUGCCAAGGAAACAUACAUUGCACUGAAGAUUACAAUUUUUGGUUAUGGACUUCAAAUUUCGGUGUGAGCAAACAAUCAUGUAUGUUCUUUGUUUUUGCGUGAUAUCAUUGGUGGAUAUUCCAAGGUUUAAGUUGCUACUCCUCAAAAUGCCCACUACUCGACAAGUUCAUGUCAAGAUGGUUAUUCAUCAAAUUAUUCAAUUUUUGAAUUUCAUGUGUACCAGCUUUGUAAUUAAGGCUAUGUUCUUCCUAGAUGUCAUCUUCUACUCUGACAACAUAUUCCUCAUCGUCCUCUUCUGCUCCAGCCUUCAAGUGGAGAGGUUAACUUUCUUUGAACAGAAAAAGAUACCAGCGCAAACAUCUUUGUUCGUCUCUUACAAAGUGGUGUCACUCCAAAGUCCUAAUCCAUAUGGACUAAGGGAAAGGCCUAAGCCAGAUGGUACAACUCCUAUUGAAGAGGAUGAAGAGGGGGGAAGAGAAGGAAGAGAAAGAAGAAAAGGAAGAUUCCGAGAAGUGGGACAACAAUAGUGUCGUAAAUGACUUUUCUUUGUUUCUUCAACUAUCUUGAUAUGUUUCCAAGUGUUGCUUGCUAUACUAAUUUAAGGGUAUACUAUGAACAUCAUGUUAUUGCAUCAGCAAGUUUGAGCUUUCUUAGUUUUUUUAGCCACCAUUGCAAUAUAUGUCAUUAUAUUCAAUAUUAAUUGAGUCAUUCAUGGGGAAUUGACAAAGAUACAACUUUAUCAUUUAAGAGAGUUUUUUUUUAUGAAUUGGAAAGGAGAUUUUAUCAUACCUUGAGAGCUUAACGGUAAAUUAUAUAUCAUUUUUUUUUCUAAGUGGUUAGUUAGUUGGUUAGAUGGUAAGUUACUUUGUGGUUAAUUAUAAGGAUAGUGGUUAAAUUAAUUUGAUGUUUGAAGAAAAAAUAUACUCUUUUCUUUGCUUCGUUGGAAAAGAAGAAAAUUAUACCCAAAUACAUUUUUUUUAUUUUUUUAUUUUAACAAUACGAAGUUUUUGGAUUCUAAUUCCAAAAUUAUUUAUUAUGAAAUUACAUAAGACAUG